AACAUAUUCGUAUAGAUAAAGAGAAAAUUACAAGAUAUAUAUGUCAUGCUUUAGUUUUGAAACUUUGCAUUAUUGUAGGACUUUAAGGUUUUAGUUUCAUGAUCUUAAUCAUGGAAGUAUUGUGUUUUCUUUUUUGGGUAAAUAAAGUUUAUUUUCAUGAUCUUUAUCAUGCAAAUAUUGCUACUUUUUUUUUUCGCUUGGGAUCCGAGGCAUAACAUCAACAAUCUUUCUUGGUGGUGACAGAUCAAAAUGAGCUGAAAGUCUCUAUGCUUUCUAUCUAUCUUGAAGAAGAGCCUAGCCUUGCUUGUUAGCUGUUUCGAUAUCAGAGCCUUUUUAAGUCGAUGGUAUAGGGCGUUCGAUAUGUCCAUGGAAGGAGCAAUGGUUAAAACACGCAAAAUAACAUUGGUGUUCGUGCUCGUGUCCGUGCUACUUAUGUCAAACUCAUGCAGUGGUGACACUGAGUCUGAGCUACUCUUGUCCGUCAAAUCCUCGAUCCAUGAUCCGUUGCACACUCUCUCUACUUGGAUCCCUUCUGUUUCCUUUUGUAAAUGGAAUGGUAUCGUUUGUGACAACUCCUCCCACGUCAAGAAAAUUGAACUUUCCGGGAAAAACAUUUCCGGGAAAAUCCCCGGAUCAGUUUUCCUUUUGCCCUAUACUGAAAAAAUCGACCUCUCAAGCAAUCAACUCCUUGGAAAAAUCCCAAGCCAUAUCUCAACAUGUCUUUCUCUUCGACAUCUCAAUCUUAGCAACAAUAAUUUAACCGGUUCCAUCCCCAAGACCCCGAUUUCACAGCUCGAAACCUUGGAUCUCUCGAACAACAUGCUUUCGGGGGAAAUCCCUGAGGAAAUCGGAUUCUUUUCUGGCCUCAAGUUCCUUGAUCUUGGUGGAAAUGUUUUGGUGGGAAGAAUUCCAAAGUCUAUCACAAACAUCACAAGUUUGCAAGUCUUGACUUUGGCUUCUAACCAAUUGGUUGGUGAAAUCCCAAGAGAAUUAGGCCUAAUGAAGAGCUUAAACUGGAUUUACUUGGGAUACAACAAUCUCUCCGGCGGAAUUCCGAAGGAAAUCGGAGAAUUAACCUCUCUCACUCAUCUUGAUCUUGUAUUCAACAAUCUCACCGGAGAAAUUCCCAACUCUCUUGGUAAUCUCACCAACCUUCACAACCUCUUUCUCUACUUAAACAAGCUCACUGGUCCCAUUCCUCGAUCCAUUUUCGGCCUCACAAAGUUAUUAUCCCUCGAUUUCAGUGAUAAUUUCUUGUCCGGUGAGAUCCCGGAACUUGUAAUGCAAUUGGAGAAGUUGGAAAUUCUUCAUUUGUUUUCCAACAAUUUUUCCGGGAAAAUUCCUAAUGCUUUAGCUUCUUUGCACCAUCUCCAAGUCCUCCAACUAUGGUCCAACAAUUUAACCGGUGCCAUCCCGAAAAAUCUUGGAAAACAAAAUAAUCUCACCGUAUUGGACCUUUCCGGCAACAAUCUCACCGGAAAAAUUCCCGAAACACUUUGUGAAUCGAGCCAGCUUUUUAAGCUCAUCCUCUUCUCCAAUUCCCUCCAAGGUGAAAUUCCCAAGAGUCUGAGUCACUGCAUGAGUUUACGCCGAGUGCGUAUUCAAAACAACCGAUUCUCCGGUGAGCUGUCCCCGGAGCUCACCAAGCUGCCACUGGUUUACUUCCUUGAUAUCUCAGGCAACAAUAUCUCCGGCUCAAUCAGCAACCGGAAAUGGGAUAUGCCGGAACUUCAAAUGCUGAAUUUGGCAGGAAACAAGUUUUCCGGUGACCUUCCGGAGUCAUAUGGCAGCAAUAAGUUGGAGAACUUGGACUUAUCGGAAAAUGGUUUUUCAGGUACAAUUCCGGUGAGUUAUGGGAACUUAUCGGAGCUAAUGGAACUGAAUUUAAACGGAAACAAGCUCUCCGGCAACAUUCCUGAAGAAUUAUCUUCGUGUCAAAAGCUUGUGAGUUUAGACCUAAGCCAUAAUCAGCUCACUGGCCAAAUUCCCACUAGUCUCUCCGAAAUGCCGGUUUUAGGUCAGCUCGAUUUGUCCGUUAACCAGUUAUCCGGUGAAGUUCCGGCUGAUUUAGGAAAGGUGGAGUCACUUGUUGAAGUCAAUAUCUCCCACAAUCACUUCCAUGGUGGUUUACCGGCCACCGGAGCGUUCCUCGCUAUCAACUCGAGUGCAGUCGCUGGCAAUGACCUCUGCAGCCGCAUCUCUUCGAGUGGUUUGCCGCCAUGCAAAGGCGUAAAAAACCAGGUUUGGUGGUUCUCCAUAGCUUGUCUUCUGGCUGCCUUGGUGGUGCUUGUACUAGCUGCACUUGUGAUAGUGUUUGUUCGAAAACGAAAUGAGUUGCAGUUGAAGAGAGUUGAAAAACAUGAAGACGGGACUUGGGAGUUGCAAUUUUUCGACUCUAGGGUUUCGAAAGAAAUAACAAUUGUUGAUAUAUUGUCGUCGAAACGUGAUGAAAAUGUCAUUUCUAGAGGAAGGAAAGGGGAUUUAUACAGAGGAAUGUCCACCAUGAAUACCAUGCAAUUUGUUGUGAAGGAAUUGAAUGAAAUCAAUGCAGUUACAGCAAGUUUUUGGACAGAAGUGGCUGAACUAGGGAAGCUUCGGCAUCCGAACAUCGUUAAGCUCAUCGGAAUGUGCCGGUCGGAAAAGGGCGGGUUCUUGGUGUAUGAGUACAUUGAAGGGAGGAGUUUGGGUGAAGUUCUAAGAGGUUUGAGUUGGGAAAGAAGGCGAAGAAUAGCCAUGGGAAUUGCUAAAGCUCUUCGUUAUCUGCAUUCUUGUUGUUCGCCUAGUGUUGUCGUCGGUGAACUCUCGACGGAGAAGAUCAUUGUGGACGGAGAAGACGUGGCUCGCCUGAGAUUGUGCCUCCCCGGACUGGUUUUUACGGACACCAAGUGCUUCAUUUCGUCAGCAUACAUUGCCCCAGAAAGUAGAGACACAAAAGACAUCACAGAUAAGAGUGAUAUCUAUGGCUUUGGGCUCAUCUUGAUCGAACUACUCACCGGAAAAAGUCCGGCGGAUGCCGAGUUCGGCAUGCACCAGAGCAUUGUUGAGUGGGCUCGGUAUUGCUACUCAGAUUGUCAUCUUGACACGUGGGUCGAUCCAGCGAUCAGGUUAAUUAACGCAUCCAACGGUCAGAAUGGGAUUGUGGAGACCAUGAAUCUUGCCCUGCGAUGCACCGCGGAUGACCCCAUGGCUAGACCAUAUGCAAGCGAUGUAGCAAAAACCCUAGAGUCUGUUAUAAGACCAAGUAUUUGUGUUUUAGGUCUCAAGUUUUGAUAUAUUUCUUCUUCUUUUUUCUUUCUUUUUUACUUCAUGAUUUUCUUUUCAGGUUUUUCCUUAUGUUGCAUUUGGCAGCAUCGAAUCGGUGCCUUGAAAUUGAAACCGGAAGAAAUUCUUAACAAUUCAAGGCGCCAAUAAGUGCUCCCAAACAUAACAUAAUUUAUUUUUCUUUUGACUAUAAUUAAUUGAGUGUUAGUCAAAUCUUUUGUUUGAUGUUAUGAUGUAAUACUACCGAGUGUAAAAAUGUAGAUAAGAUCAAAUGCAGCUUAUAUAUGAAUUACCUUCUCUUAAACGUC